AACCGCCGGUAAUCUAAUCUAUUUCAAUCAUUUGUGAACCGUGAUAAGAGAUAGACAUUUAUCGAAUUAUUCCUUCGACGGAACUUCACUAGAACAUGGUCAUUUUAUUUCGUUACCGAAGGCUGUUGAAGUGAAUCCAGAAGGUUUGCUUAGCUUUUCCGUCUGUUGGUUAUUGUUUGAAUUUUUGUUAGUUAGCUUUGUUUGGCAACGUCCAAUCAAACCAGACUGCCAUAGCUCAGAACUGACAGCGGAGGGUGAAUUGUUCCAGACAAGAAAAUCGGAAACGUGUUUUUCUUUAUUCGAUUCGAAGGUUUGGAAGAGUGCUUUUCUUUGGAGCUUGUUUGUCAAACGAGAGAAAAAAUGUGUGCGGAAGAAUGAAAAUAUCGUACUGCAUUUACCGUAGCUGAAAAAAAAGGACCGCUGGUUUGAUUGGAUAUUACGAGAACACAUCGACUGUAAGAAGUGAAUUUGGACUUAAAUUUGGAGAAAAUUGUAACUUUUUUGCGCCUUAAAGCACAAAAAAAGGAAACUAGAAUUUAUUUACGAAACAUAGAUGCAAUUGUGGCAACUGGUUGAAACGAAUUCCGUCUGAAAAAAAGCACCUACAAGUGAAAAUAAAAAUAAAAUACACAAGAGGUAUUGGAAGAACCAUCGGCUUGGCGGCAGGAAAAUAAGAAAUAAAAUCUCCCAACGUUCUUCAGGCGGUUUCGGCGGGUCUGUGAUAGACGGCAAGCGUGAAAGCAAUCGUUACCCGAGAGGGAAGAACAGAGUAACAAAAAUGUUCGUCACUAGCAAAAAACUCACCGCUCCAAUAGUACUGCUGGUGUUCUUUGCCAUGGUCCUGCUGAAUUCCGCUCUAGUGUUUGGCAGUGAUGCUCAGGAACGCAAUCAUAAAGCAAUGACAUUCGGCAGGGCGAAGAUGAAGAAUGAAACGACAACAACUGCUGCCGCCAUCGUUGCUAAUGAUGACCCAGAGCAGGAGGAGGAGGUAGAGGAGGUAGAGGAGGGGGAGGAGGCUGGUGGCGAUGUAACUGAUCAUAAUAAUAAUGAGCAUGGCGAUUUCGAUGGGGAUGAUGUUGAUGAAGUUGAUAAGUACGAUGGUGACAACAGGAGCGCAGUUGGCCCAUCGAAACUGCUUCCAGUGACGAGUCCAAGUGGUGUAAAUUAUGUUGCUACUACACCAAGCAUUGUUGCUAAACCGCAGCGGAAUCUUACCAGAUACGAGCAAGGCCUGGAGGACUAUGAUGAAGCAGCGGCCCGAGUGGAGGAGGAGAGAAACAAACAAACUGUGCAACAGUACGACAGAGUGGCGCAGCCGUUUUUAACGAUGUUCAACGUGAUAAGUAGUGCUUUAUCGAACGGAAGAUCGAUUAAUUCUGCUGGUUUGAAUCCGGCCACGAUUCUGGAGCUUGUCCGGUUGGGCUCCGCCAGGAACAUCGAUAACAAUGAGCAAAACGCUAGCAGCCAACAGUCAGCAAAUGAAAAAGUUGACUCAGAUACAAGAGAAGCGGAAAACUCCACCGCCCUUGCUGCAGUCGAAGGCAGAUACAUCAAGGGAGACCCUCUGAAUGGUUACUACGACUUUAUAAUCACCGAAGGAUCGUACAAAUUUUGGGCGGCUUUUCAGGUGGCUACAGCAGUGCUCAUCAUUUAUUCUACCUUCGCCGCAAUCUAUUACUCCAAGGUAAGCCCGCUGACGUCGGAUUACGACUAUAUUGACUAUCUGAACGGCGGUAGAUCCUUUGCCGGUAGUCGACCAGCAAGCGGAAGAAGUGGCGACGCAAUCAGUGACACUUGGGAUAGGCUGCUCAAUAAACCGUGGUUCAAUGUAGCCACUCGGUCCUUUGGAUUUAUUAUGGACGCAAUCGAGCGAGUACCGAAGUAAUUAGGUUACGGUCGGAGAUGUUUGGAAUAUUUUUAUGAAACAUUUGAUACGUGUGUGCAGUAAAAGUACCUUCGAAUGUUUCAUUUAAAUUUCAACUGCAGCUAGCAAAACUUGAACUUUUCAAUACACAUAAAUUUCAUUUCUAAUAAGCAGGAAAUGAAUUGAUGCUUCAAACCAACUUCAAAAUCGAAUAGAUUUCCAAUAAUCUUUAGGAGAACUACACAGUUGAAUGAUUGGAAUGUAAAAAUACAGAACCAAACCGGAAGUUUAAACAGAAAGUUAUUCAUUAAGGUAAACAUAUCUUGGGAAUUCUCAUUUUUUCUAUGUUAAAUGUGGAAUGAUUUAUGUAAGAGUAUUGAUGAGUUUAAUCCAAAAUGUAAAAUAUUUAACUUUACUGAGCAUUUAUUAGAAAUUUUCUCUUUCUCUAAAAACUUGCUGUCGAAGUCUUUAAUUUCAGUGAUUUGUAUGUGGUUAAUAUGAAUUUUCACUUAAUAGCACCAUGAGGAUAAAUCCACGAAAAUACAAUAAUUGUCUAAAUAUACGGAAAAAUGAA